ACCCAAAAAUGGUUUCAUUAAAAAGCAUAGUUUUCAAGAAAAAAGUUUGAUCAAAAAGUUAAUUUUUUGAGCAAGAUUGCAUUGAAUUUUGUAGAAUGUGAACGUUACUCUGACAUGCAAAGGAUAAAUACAAUAUUCUACUAUGGCUACCUACCUUCUGGUCUAAUUAAACUAUGUACCAAGGAAACAAGAGGACAACACAUAUGAAGAAUAAUAAUCUGUUAUGUGGAUCAUAAUGCAAACAUAAGAGACAGGUCAACAGAAUAGAAGCAGAAAAACAUUGUCAUUUUUCACCUGAAAAAAAAUGUUUAAGUCAGGACGAUGGAAAGGCCAAAACAAGAUCAAAGUAAUGUUUCAAAUGCAGUUUCAAGCAACACAGGUGCCAAAGAUGAAGGGAAAAGGAUUGAUGGUAUCUUUGAUUCCAGGAGAUAUAGGGAAACCGGUUGCGAAACUAGAUAGAGUACCAAUUGUUGAUGGAACUUGUACAUGGGAAGAUCCUAUUUAUGAGAUGGUUAAAUUGGUUAAGAAUCAAAAAACAGAUACAUAUAAAGAGAAAAUUUACUAUUUCAAUGUGCAGACGGGAUCAUCGAAAUCCGGCUAUGUAGGAGAGGUGGGGGUUGAUUUUGCUAAUUUUGCAGAGUCAACUGAGCCUUUUCAGCUUUCUCUGCCCCUCACAACUUCAAAUUCUGGUGCAAUUCUACAUGUAUUCAUUCAAAAGAUGCAACGCACGGAUGAAAAUAGAGAGUUUGAAGAGAAUGAGUCACUACAGUCUGAAUCAGUUAAAUCAAAGAAUCAAAAAAGUGAUUCUAGCGAAAACGGGAACAUGCUUGAUUUUGCAGAAGAUGAAUACUUGAGCAAAAAUGAUUCUCGGGCCAACAGAGAUUCGAAACUGGAGAAUAAACCUAACUUCCAGGAGAAUUCAGCUGUCAGAAAGAACUCAAAACCUCCGAAUAAGAAAGGUGAACAGCAAAGAUCAAGCCCCGAUGAUUGGUCAUUAGGUUCUCUUUCAGAUAGAAGUAUGGCUGAUCUAAUAAACAGCCCGGAACAAAAUUACCAGAAUCAGACACACAAUGGGUACAAUGAAGUAUCAAAAACUUUGGUGGAAGUGUUAAGAAGUGACAUAUCCAGGUUAGAAAGGCAAGCAGAAUUAUCGGAGCUGGAAAUAGGGUCUCUUCGUAAACAAAUACAGAAAGAGAACAAAAGAGGACAAGAUCUGUCACGGAAAGUUGAUGAACUCAGAGAGGAGAAAGAAGCUCUGGAAAAAGAAUGUGAUCUACUCAAAUCGUCCCAAAAACGUAAUUAUAAUGCAGUUUCUCAUCCAUUAGAAUCACCAGAAAAAUUAAAGGCCCUUUUAGAUGAAAUGAGGGAAGAGCUAAAGCAUGAAAAAAGCUUGAACAAAUCGCUCACGUCAAAUCUACGGAAAACAGAAGAGUCAAACUCUGAAUUGCUUGAAGAAGUGAAAGAUCUUGACACAAUAAUGGAGGAGAAAGAUACUAAGAUAUCUUAUCUUUCUCAAAAACUGAAAGAAAGCCAAACGACAAAGGAAACUAUGGAAGGCCUGUAUGCUGAAAUAGAGCUCGAACGGAAAGAGAAGGAAGAGUUGAAGAUUCAUAUUGAGGAUAUUACACAAGAUUAUAAGUUUUUACUGCAAGAGAACGAAGAUAUGUCUUCCAAAUUAGAGAACACUCAGUUAGAACAGAUGACAAUGCAAAAUGAAUACUCGAAUUCUUUAACAACAAUUAAACAGUAUGAACUUCAGGUAAAGCGACUAGAGGAAAAGAUAGUAAACCAAGCAUUGGAACUCUCUCGAUCAUUGGAUACAACCGCUGAGUUUGAAACACAUAUUAAGGAUUUGGAGAAAGAAUUAGAGAAGCAAGGUCAGGAUUUUGAAGAUGAUGUAGCCGACUUGAUGAAAGUCAAAAUAGAACAGGAGGAAAGAGUUGUACAAGCAGAAGAAGCUUUCAGAAAGUCAAAGUUGGCCAAUGCUGCUACUGUUGAAAAUCUUCAAAAAGCACUUGAGAAGUCAAAUCAAGAACUCUUAAUGACAAAGGAUGCACACGAGCAAGAAGUGCAGAAGUUAUGUGACCAAAUUGAUCGACAAGCAGAAAAACUUAAGCAAAUGUCACUGGAGCUUGAAACUUCUAAAAGCCAUGGAGAAAAUAACUGUGAUUCGGAAGAAUGGAUUAGAGAGAGAACAAUAUUGGUGACCGAGUUAAAUUCACUAAAGAAGGAAGCAGAAAAGCAACACAAGGAAUCAAGAAGUUCGACAAGUUUAAUGAGUGAAAAGAAUGUUAUGAUUAGAACUUUGCAGUCAGAACUGAAAAUGUUAAGAGGUGAUUACAAUGAAUUGCAACAAAGGUUAUCGGCAACUGAUUCAGAGAAAGCCAAAUUACAGAAAGAGGUUUCCAGAUUAGAGACCACAUCCGUGGAUCAGCAAAAACAACUGAGCUUGUUCAAGAAAAGUAAAAUGACGUGUGAUGAAAGCAAACUUAUUCCGGAAUCAGCAAAAAGAUUUGAAGGAAUAUCCUCAGAGAAACACAAUGAUGAGCAGAAACUCAAGAAACUAUUAAGUGAAAUAUCAUCAUUGGAUGAAAAGAACAAACAUAUGGAAAGUGAACUGAAAGAGAUGCAAGACAAAUAUUCGGAAGUAAGUCUUAGAUUUGCUGAGGUGGAAGGUGAAAGACAAGAACUAGUAAUGGCCUUACGUAAUCUGCGGAAUGGGAAAAAGAAAUAGCACCAUUGUAGAUGCUAGAUACAUAAAUUGUAGCAUACAUUGGGCUAUUCCAGUUAUGGACAGAACAAUGACAUAGAUUUUGUGUUUGGAUAUUAUAUCACACAGCAUGCAACAAAAACAAAUUUCAUA